CGAAACCCCGUCCAAGGAGAUUCUGGCUACGAGUUACGGUGCUUCAUCUCAUUGUCCCCCCGAGGGCCCUCUCGAUCGCCGGUUUCUCCCAUCUCCGUGGCGCAACCGCCCCAAAUCCUCCUGCAAUGGGUAAAUACAACCUCACAGCCCUGAGGGUGCGGCAGACGGCUCUCAACCAGAAGUCCAAUGGCAAGAUUUCCAAAUUCCCACAGUGGUUUGACGUCGUGCGCGACAUCCCCCCGUCUGAGGUCCUCAUUCGAAACCAGCCACAGCAGCACCAGCUCAUCCGACAGCGCGUGAAGACGAUUCCCGGAACCUCGAAGCCGCAGGUCACUUUCGAGGUCCAGGAGAAACCUGUGAAACCAAAGAAGGCAAGCCGUUUGUUUCAGCCUGUUGAAAUCAAAUAUGAGGAGGACCAGCUUCGGAAGGAAUUCUUCCGUGAUCAUCCCUGGGAACUCGCCAGGCCCCGGGUUCUCGUUGAGAGCACAGGCAAGGACUUUGAGAGAUAUGAUUGGAGUCGGAUCCAACAGCCAGGAAAGAGACUGGACGGCGAGAGUGUCGUCCAACGACAGCUUUGGCUCCUCAACAAUAUACCCGAUAUGAACAAAAGUACUGCAUACGAUAUUGCGCGUCGAGAGUUCUAUCGACUCCGUUUGCAAGAGGACAUUGAGCGACGGGUCGCUGCCGAGGAAGCGGAAGCCACCGGCGCGGUCUUUGGUCCGUCACUAUUAGAGGUCGGAAUGGAACUUGAGAACAAAGAGUUUGAGCACUGGAAGGAAUGGGCCAAGAUGGAAGUUGAAGUACAGAAGCAAAAUAACGUGGCAUUCGUUGGUGCCCCGGGGAUAUCGGGUGAUGAGGAGCGCAUUACUUUGGACGAGGAACCAGAGGCAGAGCCCGAGCCGGCAGUGGCUCCGCAAACAACCUGAGAUGAUGCUCGAUGUCUAUUUUCCCUUCAGUUUGGAUUGUGUUUCUAAUCUUCUAUUGCGCUGCCUGUCUGGAAGUCCCAACCAGGAAAGGUCCAUGGGCAAUGUAUAACUACUAAAAAUCACUUGGGUUUCUCUUCUUGCCAUUAUCUUGCAGCCCUCAUGUUAUUAUAUAACCUCAAAAAUAACUAACUACCACUGUAUAUAAUAAUAUAUAAGCAUCAGUAUACUAGG